AUGGCUCCCAUUGGAAUUAUAACUAUCAUUGUUAGUGCUAUCAGGGUUGGGGGCCCGUCGUGGCUCAAGGCUAUUAUCGGGAGAGCAAGGGAGAACCUUGCCGUUGCUGAGGCAGAGCUGAUGUCAUCCACCUCGAAAGAAGUGUGUGAGCUCUGGAACGGUCAAGAGAUAGUGAGAUGUAUGGGUUCAGCGAAUAUCGUGGAGCUCAUUUGCUUAUUGCCCUCUGACGAGGCUCGCCAAGGCGGCCAACCAAAGGUCAGGACAUGCGAUCUGGAAACAGCGACGAAGGACGAAUUCCAAUAUCUGCAAAAAAUCGACUCAAACGGCCAAUUUGACGACCAGGAAGGAGCCAAUGCGAGUUUUAUUCCCAACAACGUUGACUCUGCCUCCUCCAUAGAAAAAGGGCGCUCAACAGCCAACUAUGAAGCAUCAGACAUCAUCAUCGUUAAAAACAUGCGGCCUGAAGCUCCCAACAUCUCCCUCAAUUGUCAUGGUCAGACUGGGAGAGCAGAGCUGCGCGCUUGGGCAGUAUUCGGAACGGCUCUGCAGCUCGGGGUCAUAAUAUUCUCUGGGUUCGUCACUUAUCGAUUGCGAUGGCAAAAGGAUGGAGAUGAGGUAAAAGGCUACGCAUUUCCUUGCACUCUAAUAGGAACAAUCGCAUUGGUGGCUGGUUUGCUUGUCUGUGGUCACGUCGUGGAGAGCAGCACAGACGAGACACGAUACAGACCUGGCCAGGGCCGAAAGGCUCGCAUCGUUUGGCUUCAGCAGAAAAAGGUUGUUGGAGACCAAGUCUUUGAUUCGUUUGCGAUAUUUCCCAAGGAUGAACGGACCAUCAUUACCACAUCAAGUCGGGCCAAGGGAGACACCAGUCCAACAACUUCACCGGUCGACUCAAACAACCCCGGGCAUCCGGCGAGUAAUGGGUCACUCCUCGAGGUUCUCACACAAUAUACGGCUGCAAAUAAAUUGGCUUUGAAGACUAUAGCAGGCACCGUUAGUGGUCUCUGUGGAUUUGUCGCCCAGUUUGUUGGUCUACGGGGAAUGCACUACUCAGCCUCGAUUGCUCAACUGAUUGCUGUUCUCGUCAUGACUGGCAUCAGGGCUGUCGCUCGUCGUGGGCUGUCCAAGCCUCCUCUCAGUAAGCGUCUCACACCAGGGUUCGAGCUCGAGUGGUUUGCAAUGACGCUGGGAGACCUGGAUGAUGCCCCUUGGUUAGCCACGUCCAAGUCGGAAAGGGAUGAAUCGAACGAGAAGGACGAAUACAAAACCUGGGCGAUCAUGCCCGUUGAUGCUCAGCCUUAUGAAAAACUGGAAAAAUCAAGCGCCGAUGUAAAUGGUAUCCAAAAUCAGGCACAACAAUCGUUGGAGAUAAUGAGAGCUCUUAGUCUACUCACAGAGAGGCGUGGAGCUGCCGCAGCGGAGGCUGUGAGUCUGGCGAGAGCGAUUGAGAUCACAAUGGAUGAUUUACUUCCGUAUGAGAGAGGUAAAUACGCCGAGGAACCGUUGGUGUGGUGUCUCACUAUCGAGUAUGGCCGAACAAUCGACCAGAAGGUCUAUUUCCAUUUGGAACAACGAAACGGGAAGUGGAAAGCUUUUGCGGAUGAGAUCAACGCUGCCUUGUCGCUGUGGCUGUAUUCUAUCCGUGAAGCAGUAGAGAAUGAAUCCAAUCAAGUAUCUACAAGACGCAUAUCGCCCACAAUUUCUAACACCCAAGACGACAUGUGGCUGCGAUCUAAAACAUUGCCCGAGGCCUGUAGUUUAAGGCUUCUUGGUGCUUGCAGCGCUGCCCUACAACGAGAUCUCGACUGGUGGAUGCCUCUUGACUCAAUCCGGAUUGUGAAAGUCGAGCAAGACGAUCGUGGCUCGUUAGAAGUGCAACAUUGCAGAAUUAUUGGCCACAAUUACGGCCGGCGCGACCAACAUCGAAGGCCGUGCUCCAUGGUCAAAUAUCUGAGCCAAGAGAUGAAAAGGGGAACCUCGGACUUUUUACAGUGGGCUUCAUGCGAUUCAGUAGAAACAUACCUGGCUACAGAAUCGGACAAGCCAUUAGAAGCCGUGCUGGCCCAACACCUGUUCUCAGCAUUCAUGUGCAUGGUGGCAAAGACAAUGCCAAAUCCCCUAAAUGGCGUUGUUGACCUGCUACCUCAUGGUGACCUCCAAAAUCCCUGCCCGUCUUUCACCCUUCGAAAUUCUCUUCUGUCCAGGAUUGCCCAAGAGGUCAGCAGCACUGGGCUGGGGAGUGCGGACGAGAUCCUCUUGAGCGUCAUCCUACCAUUGAGUACGGAACAAAAGCUUCCACAGGUUGAUGAUAUUAUUUGUGACCUUGCAAAUAAAUACUGCAACAGCCAAGACAGACUUUUUUACUCCGAUGAUGGUCCCCAAAGGCGGUUUCUAUGGGUGCAUAAGAUAGGGCGAACGUUCCCGGCAGAGAGUGUAACCUCCUACAGAGCUACCGCAACUAUGAUGGACUAUUUGCGGACAUUGAACAUGUUGUAUGAGCUGAAAUCGCUUGACUACGGGUUCUUUAGCCACAUGAAACCUGAACUGGAAGAUGCAUUGCGAUGUACCAACCGUAGCAUCUUGUCCGAACUCAUGAGCAUCUAUGAGUUUCAGGGGCGGGGCUGGCAUUGUGCUCCUGUACAGGAAGCUCGAUGCGGCUUGGUAGAACGGCGUGACUGGGAAGAUGCUACCCGUUUCAGACUUGAAUAUGGUCUGCAUCUUCCAAAGAGUCUCUACUUCAGUAAUGGAACCAACGGGAGCGACCAUCUCGGCUGGACCUUGCAGCAUUACGCUGCAGCACAGGGAAUGGGACUUGACCUUAAGCGGUCACUCACUGAGGGAGCCGACGUAAAUGCCGUUGAUCUUGCCGGAUGGACGCCAUUGCACUAUGCUUCCCAAUGCGGACUGAGUUCAAUUGUGCAACUCCUGAUAGACUUCUCCGCGAAUGUGGAUGCAGAGGGGAGAUUCGGGUGGAAGCCAAUACACUUCGCCGCCAUGAGUGGCGAUUGUGAUACUAUUCGACUACUUCUCAAUGCAGGAGCAAAACUAGCUGCCUGUGACUUCUUUCAAAACACAUGUCUGCAUCUUGCUGCUAUGUAUGGACGAGUUGACGCUGCUGAGCUGCUUGUUAGUCUCGGUAUACAGAUGGAUGCUUACAAUACACAUAGCGAGACACCGUUCCAUGCAUCGGCUCGACUGGGACAAAUAGGUGUUGCCAAACUACUCGCAUCCAAGCUAAAGGUCGAUGAGCGACGCCAGGGAUGGCCAUGGAAAGAACAACUAUACCUUGCCGCUCGGUAUGGACAUGCGGAUGUCAUCAAGGUGAUUUUUGAAUGUGGAGAUGGCAAGCCAUCAAGUUCUCUCCAUGCAUAUUCAAUUUACGUUGCAGCCCGUGAAGGUCAUUAUGAUGUAGUCGAAUUGCUAAUCAAGACUGCUGACAAUAAAGUGUCUGCUGAUGAGAACUUCAGAACACCACUUCAUGGUGCAGCUGAGGGUGGUCAACUCGACAUUAUUCGCUUCCUUGUUACAAAUGGCGCAAAUAUUGAAGCACUAGACGAGGGACAAACGCCAUUCGAGGCUGCAGUUAUGGGCGCGAGGAGGGAAAGUAGAUGGAGAACCGCAAGUGAAGGGUUCCUACGGAAACAAGUGGAUGCAGCAAGAUUGCUUGCCGAGCUUGGUGCUGACACCAAGGGAUACGUUAUUACCGAUACCUCAAUACAGGAUCGGGAUGGCAAGGAUGUUCUUCAGGAAUGUAUUAAGAAUCUACGCCAGCAGGAGGACACUUCUCCGUCUGAUGUUGGAAUUGUCUGA